ACAUGCUCUGUCCGCGAAUGUUUCUGUAUUUAUCGAGCUAACAGACACUGAUUUUCUCCUUUUUAUCGUUGUUUUACUUUUUUUUAAAGCAAUAUUUAAUAUUCAUCUAAACUUGCAAGCUGGUUUUUGUUGCUGCUUAAGUUAAGAUGGAUCCAAUCUAUAUUGUGGGUGGUUUAGUCGCGAUAUUAAUCCUGGUCUUGUUUCUUGCCUACUUUGUCUUCUUUAAAGAACAGACUUUCGAAGAUGCCGUGGCCAACCAGAAAGCGGUUGGUGAUAUUUUUUCUUCGGGAAAGAAUGCCAGUAAUAAAACCGGGGUAAGACAUCGUAAAAAAGUCAAGAAAGAGCGACCGAAAAGUGAGGAAGAAAGCGAACUGUUAGUUGGAAAAGGCGAAGAAUUGCUACAGAGCGUUGCACCAAUCACUAACAUUUCAUUCGAGGAUGAAGCAAAAAGCUUAUUUGAAGCCAGUCCUGACAAAUCUACUGUCGUGGAAAAUUCCGAGGAUGACAAAACAGUGCAGAAACCAAAAAAGAAAUCUCGUGAUAAACGCAAAUCAGAUCAUCGCAAUGAGAUGACGCUGCCUUCAAAAGAGCAAGAAGCAAUCAUUGAAAAGAAUGAGAUAGUCGUUGAAGACAUCAUGGUUAAUUCAAACGUUGAAGAAGUGUUGGAAAGUCUUCCACCUAUGCCAGAAGAAUUACCUCCGAAAGAAGGUAGCCCUGGCGGCCCAGUUGCUUCAAGUAAGAAAUCAAAAAAAUCCAAAGGUGGCAAAGAAAAACAAGUGAAUGCAGAUUCCUCAAAUUUGAAUGACAUUUUGGAAAAGUUAGAUACAGCUUCCUUGAACCGUAGCGAGAUUCAAAAACUUGUUGAUGUACUUUUUGAUAAGCAGAAGUCAGCCGAUGAAUGGAAAAAAAGUGGCGGUAAACCUAACCCAAUUGAUUUACUUCAAAAAAAAUUAAAUAAUAAAGAAGAAGCAUUGAAGGAUGAAUAUUUAAGAGCAGAAAACUUGGCAGUAAAAGUGAAGGAAUUAAGAGAGGAAAAUGUUGAAAAUAUCACAAAAUAUAAAGCUGCUGAAACUUCUGCAUUACAAAAAAUUAAGACUUUGGAAAAGGAAAAUGAAGCAUUGCAGUUAAGGAUGAAUGCUUCACAAGAAAGAAAUGCUUUAGAACAAGAAAAGCUCAUUGCAGCAUUGCAAACAUCUAAGGAAACUUCAAAUAAAGAAGACCUUGCUUCCACAAAAGAGCUUCUAAAAAACUUAGAGAGCCAGAAAUCAGAAAUGCAAGCGCAAAUAGAGGCACUUGAAAAAGAUAUCAACUCGAAGAAAGAAAAUGAGGCAAAGUUAAGACAGCAAGCAGCAGAAGCAAAUGAACUUGUCAAGAACUUUGACUUGGUGAAAAACAGCUUGACGAAGGAACUUAAGGAGGCAGUAAAGUCUAAACAAGACAGUGAACAUAGGCUUGAGGUGGCAAAGAAAGACCUUGAUGCUGCUCAUGCUGAGAAAUCAACUUAUAUACAGCAAGCAAAUACAUUGAAAUCUGAAUUGGAUGAGGAAAAGACAAAGAAAUGUGAACUUGAGAAAAUGUUUAAUGCUAUAGAGCUAAAGAUGAAAGAAGCAUCUGAUAAUCAUAAUCGGGAGAAAGAGGAUUUUAUGAAACAGUUAGAGUCCCAUGGAAAGAAAGACCAGGUGCAAGUUGUUGAAUUACAGAAACAAUCAGAGGAUACUUUAAAACAACUCGAGGAAAUGAAACAGAAAUUAAAUCAAAGUGAGAAAGAUCAUGAAAACACAAAAAAAGACUUUGUGAAUCAAGGAGCAAUUUUGACUAAACAGGAAGCAGAGAUUAAUGAUCUUAAAUGCUCCAACAACAGUAAAGAUGAGAAAAUUGAACUGUUGACAAAAACUUUGAACGAAAGAAAGGAAGAAAUUAUUGUUGUAAAAAAUGAUGUAUCACAAGAAUUGAACUCAGCACCACAAGAUGACACAAAAGUUAAAGAACUUGAGGAGCAAAUUGAAAAGCUAACUGGUGAACUCAAUGAAAACAAAACGCAAAUUGCUACCUGGGAGAAGUCAAUUGAAACUAUGACAGCAAAAAAUAAUGAGUUACGAGAGAAAAACUGGAAAGCAAUGGACGCUUUGUCUACUGCGGAAAAACAGCGUGAUGUUGACAUUAAAAAGGCACUUUCUUCUGUUAAGGAAGAAAAUCAACAGACUGUUAAAUCUCUCCAUGAAAGCAUAAAGAUCUACUUAUGUCAAAUUCAUCCCACUUUAUCAGUGGAUAAAGAUUUACCUUACGAAAAAUUCUUAGAAAUAUAUCAAAACGAAUUAAAUGUGAAUGAAUCCUCAUCAAAUGACGCUAAGAAACAAUCAGAGGAUACUUUAAAACAACUCGAGGAAAUGAAACAGAAAUUAAAUCAAAGUGAGAAAGAUCAUGAAAACACAAAGAAAGACUUUGUGAAUCAAGGAGCAAUUUUGACUAAACAGGAAGCAGAGAUUAAUGAUCUUAAAUGCUCCAACAACAGUAAAGAUGAGAAAAUUGAACUGUUGACAAAAACUUUGAACGAAAGAAAGGAAGAAAUUAUUGUUGUAAAAAAUGAUGUAUCACAAGAAUUGAACUCAGCACCACAAGAUGACACAAAAGUUAAAGAACUUGAGGAGCAAAUUGAAAAGCUAACUGGUCAACUCAAUGAAAAGAAAACGCAAAUUGCCACCUGGGAGAAGUCGAUCGAAUCUAUGAAAACGAAAAAUAAUGAGUUACGAGAGAAAAACUGGAAAGCAAUGGACGCUUUGUCUACUGCAGAAAAACAGCGUGAUGUUGACAUAAAAAAGGCACUUUCUUCUGUUAAGGAAGAAAAUCAACAGACUGUUAAAUCUCUCCAUGAAAACAUAAAGAUCUACUUAUGUCAAAUUCAUCCCACUUUAUCAGUGGAUAAAGAUUUACCUUACGAGAAAUUCUUAGAAAUAUAUCAAAACGAAUUAAAUGUGAAUGAAUCCUCAUCAAAUGACGCUAAGGUAAAAAAAUUGGAGGAGCAUCUCGAGAUGUUAACGAAAGAAAAGGAUCGCACAGAUGUAGAGUAUAAUCAGUGUAAAGAAACAAUUAAAAUCAAGGAAAGCAAGCUUAACGAAGCUCUUAAACAGAAAGAAGAUAUUGAUAAUCAAUUUAAUAAAUACAAAACACUGUUGAGUGCCACAGAAACAAUGCUGCGUGACCUGGAAGCUAAUGUGGAAAAAGAAAUAGCCGAGCUUAAAGUUUCCAAAAACACCGAGCUUGAAAAGAAGAAUUCUCUGAUUGAUGAUUUAAAAAAGAAGUAUGAAAAAGCAUGUGAUGAAUCCAAGUCGAAGGAUGGUGACAUUGCUUCAUUGAAAACUGCUUUGGCGAAGAAAGAAGGGUCAGCAGAUAAAGACUUAGAAAAGGAAAAGUUAUUGUCGACAUUGGAAGAGUUAAAACAAAGUUUAAAGAAGGCAGAAGAAGAUGUAAAAUCGAAGGAAGUCAAGAUUUGUGCUCUAGAAAGCGAUGCUACGAGUAAAGAUUCUGAUAUAAAGAAGGUAAACGCUUCUCUUGCUCAACUUAAAGAAAAUAUAACAAAUGUGAACAACGAGUGCAAGCUGAAAGAUAGCGAAGCAAAAUCCUUACGACUAGAGUUGUCCACGCUGAAAGUUGCCGCUGCAACUGCAAGUAACGAGUCAACGAAGGAGCGCAAACGGUUGUUGGAUGAAAUUGAGGGAUUGAAAGCGGAGAGGAAAAGUCUUUCAGAAAAAGUGGAAGUGAAGGAAAGAGAAAUGAAAGAAAUAAAGGAAGAAAAUAAGUCGUCAGAAUUGGAGAAAUACAAGACUGAAGCUAGUGAUGCUGCUAAAGUAAAUGCUGCUUUGCGUAAGGAACUAGAGGAAGUUCGUCUUCAGAAAAGUGGUUCUGAAACCCCAAAAAAGAAACACGAUAAAGAAAUGGAAGCCAAAUUAAAGUCCCUUGAAGAUAAGUUGGCACAUUCAGUAAAAAGGGAAAGCGAACUACAGGCGCAAAUUGCUCAUAUGGAGGAUUCAACAUCCAUUGACGACGACGUAGCGUCUGAUUCAAAAGAGAAGAAGAAAAAGAGUGGGCUUAAAGGACUGUUAGGAUCAAAAUCAAAGUAUGAAUCGAAAUUUCGCGAUUUGAACGAAAAGUACGAACACCUGAAGGCAGAAAGUGAUGCAAAAACGUCAAAAAUUGCGGAGCUUGAGACGGAGUUGCAAGCACAAGAGAAGAAAAACAAUGAACUUACGACUCAAGUUGCUCUUUCCAAUGGAGGUGUGCAGAAUACUGGGAAAGCGUUAAGUGAAUCACAAGUGAAACAAAUGGCAGAAGCAAUGACAGAGGCUGAUCAAACUGGCUCUGUUUGACAAUAAUCAUGGUUAAUCAGACGGUGAAUUUUUAAAAUUAUCAAAGAAUAAAGCCAAUGCAAAGUUUAGUUGAGUGAACUAUAACUAGUAUAUUUUCAUUCCCUUCCUGAACUUUUCAGACUUUACAAUUACACCAAACUGUCAGCCGGUUUAUGCUAAGCAAAAUUAUUGUGCAAACCAGUAGAAAUGUUAAUUAUGAAAUAAUUGCGGGAUGUUUUUCUCAAAUACAUGAACUGACAUUCUCCCCAAAUUUGUACGAUUGAAUGAAUAGUCAUAGUAAUAAGUUAAUAAAUUGAGUUUAAUUUUGCUGUA